AUGCAACAACAACUAAUACAUCUUAUCCGAGUACUCUUCUUAAAUACUCAAGCACUUAACGUGUGUAUCUAUCCGAUUGCCUCCAAACAUGAAGUCUACUCAUAUGGACAACGUGAGUCCUUGAAUCGUACACGUUUCCUUCUUGUUCGAACAAUCGCGAGUGACGGAAAGGAAAAUUUUAAACGUGUCACAUUUCCUGGUUUUGGCUCUGUUGACACCUUAAAGUUGAUCAUUGAAAAAGCCAUGAAAAAAGGAAAAGUAUUGGAAGUGAUAACAAUACCAGAUAAAUUGAAAAUAGAAACCAAUGAACAAAUUAGAAACAUGGCCAAUCAUCAGAAAGUGGAAGUUGUUUUUGAUUCGUCUGCGGCUACUAAUUACUCUCGAAAAUUUUCCUUGGAUGAGGCUGAAAUCGCUCGCUCAAAACGUCUACCGAUGUUAGGCCAAAAAUAUUUUACUGAAGAAAAUCCAAAAAAGCCAGUUUUUUGGACGAAUUAUUCGAAAGAUUAUGGUACAUCAUCACUGAAUGAAAACAUUAGUUCUUCAGUAUCUGGAGAUAAUGAAACUCAUAUAACUACCUCAGGUAUGCUUAAAAGUAAUCCAACAUAUUUCAGCUUUAUGUUUCAGUCUAAUAACUAUUAGA